CUGCUCUUAAAGUGAGCUGGCAGCCUUUAGCCGCCCGUCUUUGUAAGGAGACCGCUGAGACGAGCAGGAGCGCGGAGCAGCAGCGUCUGCUGCCCUGACUUUUUAAGAAAUCUCAAUGAACUAUUUGUAGAUAAUCACUGAUCCGGCCUGCAAGCAUUUUGCACGGCAAAAAUAUCGAUCAGUGUUAAGUGAAGAUCACAUUUUAUAUGUGAUCUUGACUUUUUUGUCUUACAUUAUAUUUUUAUAGAUUUUGUUAUAAACAUGGUGCUGGGAAAGGUGAAGAGUUUGACAAUAAGCUUUGACUGUCUUAAUGACAGCAAUGUCCCUGUGUAUUCUAGUGGGGAUACCGUCUCAGGAAGGGUAAAUUUAGAAGUUACUGGCGAAAUCAGAGUAAAAUCUCUUAAAAUUCAUGCAAGAGGACAUGCGAAAGUACGCUGGACUGAAUCUCGAAACGCCGGCUCCAAUACUGCCUAUACACAGAAUUACACUGAAGAAGUAGAAUAUUUCAACCAUAAAGACAUCUUAAUUGGGCACGAAAGAGAUGAUGAUAAUUCUGAAGAAGGCUUCCACACUAUUCAUUCAGGAAGGCAUGAAUAUGCAUUCAGCUUUGAGCUUCCACAGACACCACUUGCUACCUCAUUCGAAGGCCGACAUGGCAGUGUGCGCUAUUGGGUGAAAGCCGAAUUGCACAGGCCUUGGCUACUACCAGUAAAAUUAAAGAAGGAAUUUACAGUCUUUGAGCAUAUAGAUAUCAACACUCCUUCAUUACUGUCACCCCAAGCAGGCACAAAAGAAAAGACACUCUGUUGCUGGUUCUGUACCUCAGGCCCAAUAUCCUUAAGUGCCAAAAUUGAAAGGAAGGGCUAUACCCCAGGUGAAUCAAUUCAGAUAUUUGCUGAGAUUGAGAACUGCUCUUCCCGAAUGGUGGUGCCAAAGGCAGCCAUUUACCAAACACAGGCUUUCUAUGCCAAAGGGAAAAUGAAGGAAGUAAAACAGCUUGUGGCUAACUUACGUGGGGAAUCCUUAUCAUCUGGAAAGACGGAGACGUGGAAUGGCAAGUUGCUGAAAAUUCCACCGGUUUCGCCCUCUAUCCUCGACUGUAGUAUAAUCCGUGUGGAAUAUUCACUAAUGGUAUAUGUGGAUAUUCCUGGAGCUAUGGAUUUAUUUCUUAACUUGCCACUUGUCAUCGGUACCAUUCCUCUACAUCCAUUUGGUAGCAGAACCUCAAGUGUAAGCAGUCAGUGUAGCAUGAAUAUGAACUGGCUUGGUUUAUCCCUUCCUGAAAGACCUGAAGCACCACCAAGCUAUGCAGAAGUGGUAACAGAGGAACAAAGGCGGAACAAUCUUGCACCAGUGAAUGCUUGUGAUGACUUUGAGAGGGCACUUCAAGGACCACUGUUUGCAUAUAUCCAGGAGUUUCGGUUCUUGCCUCCACCUCUUUAUUCAGAGAUUGAUCCAAACCCUGAUCAGUCAGCAGAUGAUAGACCAUCCUGCCCCUCUCGUUGAAGGAACACUUGGUUGAAUCAAGUUGAUGUGGGUUCCGAACUGUAUCUCUUCCGGCUGAGGACAGAGAAGUAUCUGGGAGACACGUUUCAGAGGAAGUGGAAUUGCUUUUGCCCAGAAAAAUGGCGAACACAUGAAACAACCAGCGAUCAUGCUUUAGAAGCCUACAGCAACAUUCUGGGACUGCUCCAAUAUGCUUGAAGAUCUAAGCUUUUCUCUUUUAAAACUGGCACAUACUCAGAGCAGUCUUCUUAGCCUAUGGUCGUACGUGUCAAGACACCACGUUGUAAAGAGGGAUGAUUUCCUUCUUUUGAUUGGAAAAUUUGCACAUGCUCAAUGCUUACAUUGUGCGGUUCGAUGUCACUACAGCUUUUUUUUUUUUUCCCUAUUUUUGCCAGACUCUUGAUACUCUUAAAACUUGUUUGUGGUCAGCACGACAAGAAACAAAAGAAAGCUUUGAAAAAACUUUAACAUGAAAAAAACGCACUGACUUUUUUUUUUUUAAUUUAAUAUAGCCUGGACUUUACCUGCGUAUGCACAUGCUCAGAAUUGUCCUACUAGGCUGACCAUGUAUCACCUCUUCAGCUUGGAUCCAGUUGUGGAUUUAUUUACAAACAUCAAAUGCCUUCAAGCCAAUCCUUUUUGCUGUAUGUUUUGCAGCCUACUGUAGUAGAUAACGCAACAGAUAAUGUGGGGAAAAAAAGAGAUAAGAGGAGGAAACUCAUAAGAGACUGUCAAGAUUGUAUACCUUCUUGGUUUCUUUUAAGAAUUUGUUGCCUUUCUACUAUUACAGCAAAGCAGCAUUUUGUUACUGACUGCCUAAAUCACUUAAUCUCAGGUGAACGCAUCACUUGCCAAACUGUUGGAAUGCUAUUUGUGUUUCGUUGCACUGUUUUUUUUUUGUUUGUUUGUUUGUUUAUUUGGUUGGCUUUUUGGAGAGGGAAAUUUGGAAAUGGGACAUACACAAAAGUUAUACCCACCCACAUUCCCUUUUUAUCAUUACCUACAAGAAGAAACUAGCAGAGCUAAGAAUGGAGUGAAGAAAGGCAGUAUGGCAGGCACCAGCAAAGAGUUGAGGGCUGUUGCUCUUAAAAGUUAUUAUUUUUUAUUAUUAUGUUAAAAUACGGAAUUUUUCAAGUCACUGGGGAAAGGAGGGAAAAGUGCAUUUAUUUUUAUACAGAGUUACUUAAUUACCUCCAAAACACAUAUGUUGGAAAUCGUUUUUGCUGGUGCAAAGUAUAUUAAUGAGCAGGAAUACAUAUGUUGAUGUUAUGGUGAAAGAGCUCAAUUUAUACCUUUGCUAUCUUGCUCAAGCUUGAUAUAGCAUGAAAACUCAACUUUUCCAAAAGUAUAUAAUUUCAAAUUUUAAAAUACUAGAAAGUUUGCUGUGAUAAAUCUUUUGUAUUUUUGUGUUUUUCUAAUGAAAAUCUGUUUUUCAUUACCUAAAGAACAAUUUGCUAAACAUGAGAAAUCACUCGCUUUGGUUAUAUAUGGAGGAAGAACAAUCACAUCAGUAAAUUAUAGUUUAUAUUAAAGAUAAUUUUCUUUUGGCUCAUCACAAAUAUACCAGCAUUCAUGAUGGCAUUUUCCAAGACACCAUGUGUACUGAUUUGUUGUUGUUGUUGUUGUUGUUGUUGUUGUUGUUGUAUUUUAGAAGGAAUUCAGUUCUGAUGUUUUUAGUGAAAACCAGCAUCUCUGAUGUUUCAACAUAUGUGUGAAAUGGGUGUUACAUCUAUCCUGCCAUUUAACCCCACAGUUAAUAAAGUGGUUGAAAAUAAUAGUAGCUCUGGCUUGGUGCUUGACCUGGUUAAAUACUGUCUUAAAGCUUCAUACAAAACAAAUAGGCUUUUCCAUAAGUGGCCUUUAAGAAAACAUGGAAGACAAUUCAUGUUUGAAAAAUGCUGACAGGGUGAAGAAAGCCCAGUGUAAAAAUGAAUCACGUUUUAAGUGAUUCGGUUAAAGGCUUUGGGCUCCCGUAACAAACUAAUACUAGAUAAUAAGGAAAUGGGGGUGAAAUAUUUUUUUAUUGUUAAAUCAUUUUGUGAAUGUCCCCCUCAAAAAAAGCUAAUGGAAUAUUUGGCGUAAAGGGCAUUUGGUGGUUUUAUUUUUGUUUGGGGGGAAUUGUCAGAAAAUCCCUUUUCUUUUCUCUCUUAUGUCUAACUGACUAGGGAACAAUUGUUGAUAUGCAUAGCAUUGGAAUACUUGUCAUUAUAUACUCUUACAAAUAACACAUGAAGCAAGAAUGACCAAUAUUCUGAUAAUUGGCACUGGAUCACCAAAUGCAAUAAAACUUUAAAUUUAUAAAACUUUAUCAAAUAAAGUUUUAUUUUCCCCAUUAAAGUAUUUCUUUACUCUUAUUUAGAGGCAUUACUUUUUAAAAUAUUGGUCAAUUCCUGACAUAAGAUGUGAGGUUCACAGUUGUAUUCCAGUAUUCAAGAUAGAUUCCUGAUUUUUUGAUUAGGAAAAGUAAAAUCCAAAAUGUUAGCAAAACAAAGUGCAAUAUUAAAUGUUUGCUUUAUAGAGUAUAUUCUAUGGCUGUUUGUAAUUUCUCUUUUUCCUUUUUUAUUUGGUGCUGAAUAUGUCCUUGUAGGCUCUGUUUUAAGGAAACAACAUGUGGGAAAUGAUUUAAUUUUUCCUAUUGCUCUUCCUUGUGGAAAAUAAAGUGUUUUGUUUUUUUCUGUUUUGUAUAA